AUGCGAUCUACUUUAAUUAGGCUGGCGGAAUCUGUGUCGAAGGCACCUCUGAAUCUGACGGACGCCAGUGCAAUGUUAUACCCUCCUAUUCCACUGUACAGACGACUGCUGCGUUCACACCGUAAUUUGCCAUCAGAUAUGCGUAGUUUGGGAGACGACUAUGUCAAGUCAGAGUUCCGACGGCACAAAGAAGUCACGAACCCCGUACACAUCAUGGGAUUCCUUUCGCAAUGGAAAAUGUACCUCGACGAGUUACCCACAAAACCUAACGAAGAUUACAAAGGGAAACGGCUGGAUCCCACAGUUUUUGAAAAGAUGUCCCCAGAGCAGCUCGGUCAGUUGUACGAGCUUAUGCAUGCCGCGAAGGACGUGUGGAAGCCAGUUACACCCGAAGAUGGAACAGAGAAACCCUGA